UCAGAACCAAGUGGCCAGGAAGAGCCUCAGCUCUUCCACAGCGGCGAGCAGCGAGGUCCCAGACAGGAGCCGCGGGAUCACACCCCUCCAGGACAAGAUGAAGCAGCUCUUCCUCCUCUUCCUCCUCGGGCUCAUCACCAGGUCCUUGCAGAUCGAAGACAACAAGAUCCCUGGGCUGUGCUCAGGGCAGCCGGGCAUCCCGGGGACCCCGGGCCUGCACGGGGGCCAGGGUUUGCCAGGCAGAGACGGACGGGAUGGCCGGGAUGGAGCCAUGGGGAUGCCAGGGGAGAAGGGCGAGAUGGGGCCCCCUGGAGUGCCCGGUCCCCGCGGGGAGGUGGGCAGCCCCGGCGCGGACGGGCUGCACGGUGAGAAGGGGGCUCAGGGCGAGUGCGCCGUGGCUCCUCGCUCCGCCUUCAGCGCCAAGCGCUCCGAGUCCCGCAGCCCUCCCCUGGCCGACCAGCCCAUCCUCUUCGACGUGGUGCUCAUCAACGAGCAGGGCCACUACGACCCGGCCACGGGCAAGUUCACCUGCGAGGUGCCCGGCCUGUACUACUUCGCCGUGCACGCCACCGUGUACCGCACCAGCCUGCAGUUCGACAUCAUGAAGAACGGCCACUCCAUCGCCUCCUUCUUCCAGUACUACGGCAACUGGCCCAAGCCCACCUCGCUCUCGGGGGGCACCCUGGUCCGCCUGGAGCCCGAGGACGAGGUGUGGGUGCAGGUGGGCGUGGGGGACUACAUCGGCUUCUACGCCAGCGUCAAGACGGACAGCACCUUCACCGGCUUCCUCGUCUACUCCUACUGGCAAAACUCCGCCGUGUUCGCCUGAGCCCGCCCUCGGCUGCGGACGGGGCCGGGCAGGUGCCCCUUCCCGGCCCCCGGCGCGGUGGGAGCCGGGGCAGCGCGACCCCUGCCCUGCUCGGGGCACAGAAACGUCCCCUGCGCCAUCGCGGGGGUGGCGGAGCGCACCUGGAGCAGCGCUGGGUCAGAGCUCGCUGUUAUUUCGGGCAGCCCCAGGGCAGGGCAAGCCGGGCUGAGUGGCCAGGAGCCCGUCCCGCGGGUCCUGCCCCAUCCCUCCCCUCAAUAAAGGGCUGCUCAGCUA